AUGCACCCCCCACCCCGCCUCACCACGCCACGGCCACCCACGCCCCGCUCCGUGUCCGCUACAACAACGGGCACCGACACCGGCCCCGUCAUGUCUUUCCACCCCUCCUCCUCGUCGACCAGUGUUCGGCCGUCCCUGUCUAUAUCAAGGGAGAACACGCCGUCGCCUGUCGCAGGACGUAGCGUCGGGGGCGGACCGACACCGAGGACGAGUAUGAGCCAUCGGCCGGCUUUCAUUCAUGCUAGUACGAGCUAUCACUCGUCCUUGGGGGGUACGUCGGCAAGUCAUACAGCCUAUCAUACGCCGGAAAGCAGAGCGGGGCAAGAAGAGAGAUAUGGAAGCAAAGAGAGCUCCGUGGUCUAUUACCCCCCGGACCGGAAUGAGCAUGGGGCAUAUCCUUAUCCGCAUCAACAAUUCAUACCCUUUUCGCAACUUCCCACAGAUGGCUCGCAAACGACGGGGGCCCUCUCCGCGAUACUCGAAAAGCUCCCAGCGUUUGUGGUUGACUUUGUGGAAGGGUGGAGGGCGAGCUUGUGCUCUAGCAGCCAUGGCCGAGGCGACGCGGACGGGCAAGAUGGCGGGGGAGGGCUGGGCAAAGCAAUGAUGUGGGGAUGGGUGGCUACUACCAUCGGCUUCUUUAUGGCUAUAGCAUUCUGGAGGGGCCAAUUAUUUAGAGCUCUCGACGACCUCUCUCACUAUCUUGCCAAUCGAGGAAUACUUGGCCCACUCACAUUCUACAUCAUGAUAUUUAUUACGACAAUACCACCCUUGCCGUUGUACUCGACAUUGAUAGUGUUGAGCGGCUAUACGUUCGGAGUCUGGAGAGGAUUCUGCGUUAGCUAUGUGGCCAGUCUGUCUGGAGCAGUCUUUGUCUUUCUAGUGUCUCGGAAGACUCUGAAAGAUACCAUCGUCAAAAGCUUGGCGGGAUCGUCCAUAUCCAUGUCCCUCCUCCAUGUGCUCCCGACGCACCCCCACUUGCUCCUCUUGAUUCGUAUCGCACCGUACCCUUACAACCUGCUCAACGUCAUCCUCGCCUCCUCUCCCACCCUGACUUUGCAGACAUACACGGGUUGUACAGCGCUGGCGCUGUUCAAGCUCGUCCUCCAUACCUGGAUUGGAAGCGGUAUCCACGAUCUUUCCAAGAGUUACGGGCACAGCCAAGCAGAAGGUGGAGAGGGGCGGGAAAACGUCGAGGGCCCUGAAGGCUCGGGUGAAGAUGCCCUGCCGGCGCAGGACGGCGAGACUGCUGCCGCCAAGACGUGGACGACGUGGGUGGGGAUUGUGCUCUGCGUUACGCUCUUCUUCUACCUCACGUACUUUGCAAAACAGGCUGUGAAACGGGCGCAGGAAGAGCAGGAUAGACAGGAGGAAGGCGAGCGAGAGGAGAGACAGGGAUUGACAUGUGCAGAGGCUGGGGAGGCAGUAUGA